UAUCAAGUGUUGAUUCAAGUCGCACUUUCGUACUUGGUAAAAGACGAAAGAACAAACGAAAUGUCUAUGACUCGUUGAUACGUUACCAACGUGCACAUCGAUUCGCAAGAAUAAUGAAACGAAGGAUUUAUCUGCGCCGCAAGGCUACAUGGGAACGAGAUGACCCAGAAGAGACGUUCAGCAUAGACUCUGCCAGUAGUCUGCUUCGCAAGGAAGCCUACGAGUGGUGGAAGAGGACUGAUGAGAGUGCAGGAACCCCUAAGCCAUGGACAUGGACACAUUUCGAAUGGGCAUUCAAACAAGAAUAUAUUCCAAAAUGUUUUAGUGAAGAAAAACGUAAGGAAUUUGUCCAAUUGCAACAGGGAGACAUGACACUCCCCGAGUAUCGUCAGAAGUUUACUAGUCUUGCUAAGUUUGCACCAACCAUGGUGAGUACCCCAACCGAUCGCAUCGAGGAAUUCAGGAAGAAACUGAGACCUGACCUUAGGUCGCGUGUGUUCGUCCUAACCACCGUGGAUUUCGCGGAGGCCUAUGAUCUCAUAGCCAAGGCAGACAGCGACUUGAGUGCUUGCAUUGAGUAUCUGAAGACAAAUAAUGUCAGUUCAAGCACUCACCGUCCCAUCAGCUCUAUCUCAAAAGGAAAAAGGCCCUUCCAGGAAUCUAGCAAUUCACACUUCUCAAAGAAGGGGAAAUCGAUGCAGACGCACUCUGUGGCGUCGGAAAACAAAUCAAGAGGGUGGAAACACCCAUUGUGCGAUACAUGUGGGAGACAUCAUCCAGGCGAGUGUUGGCUUGUCCAAGGAUUAUGUCUAAGUUGCGGCAAACCUGGACAUUUUCGAAGGGAUUGCCCCACUAAUCCUGGCAAACCAUGUACGACAGCCCUAGUUGUCAGCCAAUCAGCAUCAGCACGACCUGCACCAAGUCAACGAUCAACGGCGGGAUCUAAUCCGGCCAAGAACCAGAGUCAGCAACAGGGACAAGCUCCUGCUCGUACUUAUGCAAUGAAGGCACGAGCUAAGGAAAACCCUGACAUCAUUCAGGGUAUGUUUUCCUUAUUUGAUUCUGUCAUGCAUGUGUUGAUAGACCCUGGAUCAACGUUAUCUUAUAUCUGCGUGCCUAUGCCUGACAAGGCUGACGUAAUGAAAGAAAACUUAGAACAACCUAUACUAGUGUCUAACCCGUUAGGACAUAGUAUGAG